AUGAGCAGCGAGGGUGUCAACUCCCUAGCGCAGCGCGUGCUGUCCUUGGAAGACAUUAUUCGGCAGCAGGAGCAAACAAUCAGCGCGGUACUGCAGCGGCUGCGUGAUGUGGAGCAGUACGCAGCCGCCGAGUCGCGCAGCCGCGAGCAGGCGCAGCAGCAGCUGCAAGCGGCCUUCGGCAAUCAUAACGGCAGCACUGCCGAGACGCUCAAUCGAAUGCAGGCACUUCUGCAAAGCCACAACGAUCGCCUUAGUACGCUGCAGGCGGAGGUCCAAGGACAGGGCGCGGCGUUACGCGGCACCAACGACAAGCACGAUGUGGCGUUCCGCGAAAUGGAGAAGCGCCUCCAGGCAGACCUCAGUGCGGCGCAUCAGCGCGCGCAAACCGGCGAGACUGCGUCUGCUGAGGCGAUGCGUGCCCUUCAAGCGCAGCUGCAAAGCAUGGCGAACGUGACGCAGGCCGUCGAGACUCGCAACCAUGAUGAUUUAGUGGCGCUGCAGCAGCAGAUCAGCGCUGAGCUGGCCAUGCAGCGCCAGCGAUGCGACAACUUAGAGAGCGCCAUACGCGAUGCACUGCGCGAUGUGCACGGGUCCCUCUCCGGAGAUGUGCGGAGCGCCGGUGCUCAGCAGCGCAGUGAUCUGGAGGCCGCGGUGCAGCGCAUUAACCAGGAGCUUGAGGCCCUCAGUCAGCGUACGCGCAUUGAUAUGAAUCAGCUACACAGCACUGAGCAAACUGACGUCAGCGAUCUGCGGCGCCGCAUCGGCGAUCUGGAGUACGGCGUACGCGAGGCGGUUCAGGCUGCCACGAACGGACUCGCGCACGAGGUGGCGCAGGUGGCGCAGCACAGUCAGAUGCAGGACAAGCGGCAGGAAACCGCGCACCAGGCAAUCCUGCAAGAGCUUGCGAAGCACGACACUCAACUGGAGACUGUGGACCUGAACUGGCGGGCGAGUGUCACUGACCUCGGGGCAAAGAUGCGCGAGGAUGUGGCUGCCGCGCAGCAGCGCUCUGUCGCGGGGGAUCAGGCGUUGCAGUCACAGGUUGGCGCCUUACAGGAUCGUCUCGUUGAAAUGACGAAUAAGCUCCGCGGUGAUCUUACGGCGCUAGCGACCUCCAUACAGGAGAAUUGUGUGAGGCCACUUCAGGAGGCGCACCACACACUAAGCGUCCAGGGGCAGCGUAUGAGCCGCGUCGCUGAUGACUACGCCUCCAUGCAGGACUAUCUAACGACGUUCGCUGCACACGUAGACGAGGACGUGGGUCAGUCAAAGCAAAUUAUGGAAGCGGCGGUGCGAGCCGCACACUCUGACCUACUGGAGCGCAUCAACUUGAUCUCAAUGCCUAACACGUUGCACCAAGACUCGGACAUGCGCGCCGAGGUGAAUCGCAGUUUGGCGAAGCUCUGGGAGGACGCCAAGGGCGUUUUUCUGACGCAGCGCAGCCUGGAUGAUAUCCAGACGCAGCUGAUGACCUUGGAAAGCGCCGUGCGCGUGGAGCUCUGCGCACUGGCAGAGCGGCUCAACGAAGUUUGGCGUACCGUCGACAAGCACCGCAUUGGGGAGCUUCGCGCGGCGCAGCAGCCAAUCACGCCAGCCUCAGUGACCGGAAUGGCGCCUGAGCAAAGCUCCUCUCAUCAUUUUGCCGCUUCCAGCGCCGCCAUCUCCACUGUGACAACCCCUGUCGCCAGCUCCUUCACGCGAACCCACCGGAAUCAAGUCUCAGCUGUGCUGACGAAGGCUUCCAAGUCGACUGCAGAGCUGCCUACGACUGGAGCAACCGCCACCACUGCGGCGCCGUGGUCGUCCAAGGCAGCGAAGACGUCGCGCGCCAGCUCUGUCACAGCGAAGGUGGAGGAAAUCUACAAGGACAGCGAUGAGCAGAAUGAGCGUCUGCGGCAACAUGAGGAGGACAUCAAAGCACUGUGGGCCUCCCUGCAGCGACUGCACACUGCGCAAACGCCGGAGCUCAGCAAACCGGCGAGUUCAACUCAGUGGAACAACGUAUCAACAAUACACCCUGGAGCGGCGGCUGGCGCCGAGGCCGACAGAGUGUCCAUCGAAGUCCAGUCGGCUGCGCGAGAGGCAGCAGAGAGUGCCAAGGCUGCCGAGUCGGCCCAGGACGAAUGUGUGCGCGCCGCCAACGAGCUGCGGCUUGCUGUGCAGCGGGUCAGUGUGCUCGAAGAGUCGCUGCAGAUGCAGCUGACAGAGGCGAAGGUCAUGCUAUCAGCUGCAACGCCUAAGCAGCAAGCGCAACCUCCGCAGCCUCUACCAAGGAAGACCGACAAGCCCCUGGCAGCGUCCUUUGCUGCGAAGACUACGCCACCCUAUUCGUCGCCCCCCAAGCAGCUUGUCGCGAAAGGGGAAGCGGAGACCCCAAAAGGGGAAGCGCAAAGGGGAAGGGGACCCCAAAAGGGGAAGAGGAGACCGCGAAAGGGGAAGCGGCGACCCCAAAAGGGGAAGCGGAGACCGCAAAAGGGGAAGCGGCGACCCCAAAAGGGGAAGAGGAGACCCCAAAAGGGGAAGAGGAGACCGCAAAAGGGGAAGCGGCGACCCCAAAAGGGGAAGAGGAGACCGCAAAAGGGGAAGCGGCGACCCCAAAAGGGGAAGAGGAGACCCCAAAAGGGGAAGAGGAGACCGCGAAAGGGGAAGCGGCGACCCCAAAAGGGGAAGAGGAGACCGCGAAAGGGGAAGCGGCGACCCCAAAAGGGGAAGCGGCGACCCCAAAAGGGGAAGAGGAGACCCCAAAAGGGGAAGAGGAGACCGCAAAAGGGGAAGCGGCGACCCCAAAAGGGGAAGAGGAGACCGCAAAAGGGGAAGCGGAGACCCCAAAAGGGGAAGCGGCGAAGGAUGAAAACAGGUGUAAGCGGCGCCGCCGCGUCCAUCACGCCACGCGCAGCGAACAGGCCGACGGCCCACACUAGCCUCUCUGCGGAGGCUCUCGCAACACCUGCAGAUGAUCUCGUCGAGGUUCCUGGGAUGCUGACCGGGGAGGUGUUUAUUGUGCGUAAGGACAAGAUAGACGCUACGUCGUCGGCCUCGGUGCGGAGGCGACCAGCGACCGCAGGCACUGCCACCUUCCUGCCAAGGCCCGUGGCCUCGUCGGGCGCGCUCGUGAGGCCGACUUUGGGAGAUAGCGUCGUGCCGGAGCCUUCAUCUCAUCGUGGUUCCUCGUCCGAGGUGCUGCUGCCCACUCAUCAGUUCGUGCGUAAGCGCGAAUACAGCAACUUUAAGGACUUCACCAAGCGGGAGAUUGACGCAAUUUGGGUCGAACUGCUGAGCAUGCGUCGUACCCACGGUCUGUCGAAGGAGGAGGUGUUGCUUUACAUCAGCCAGAGCAAGGAGCAGAUACUGGGCACUGUGCUCAAUGUUGUGCAGCAGCAGGAGAAGGAGGUACUUGGGAUACUGGGCAAUAUUAAGACCCAACUCACCGAGCUCGAUCGCAACCCUGACGCAGUGCGUGAGAUACGAGUGUUUCCUGUCGAUAGCGGCCAGAACCUGGAAAAAUUCGUGCGCUCCCUCUCGGGCUACCUGAAGGCGGUGCCAGUCGCAGCUCAGGCGGAGCCUCUAUCAUCUGCAGCCACCGCUGCUGGACAGCCGCAGAGUGGGGUGCGAAAAGGGGUGUCACGACCAGCUACCAACAGACCUGCCGCAAGGCGCACAGGAGCAUCUACCACGGCAACUACAACGCCGCUUGGGCAGUCGCUGCGCCCUACAGAGCGUGGCAAUGAAAGUGGAGCGUGCACGUCGCUCUCGAGCGCAUGCUCUUCCUUGCCUGUGCAGCCGCAGCUCAUUUCCCCAAUGGUGAAGCGGCGCGCUAGCCAACCCACUCUCAGGCCCGAGUUGCAGGAGGCGGUGUGUGUAAGCCUUGAAGUGAGCUCACCAAAGUCUGACAGCUCCUCUCAGCGCAAACCUUCGCACUGCCCGGCUCCGAAGCACAACUUCUCAGCAAGUCAGCAGCAUGCGCGGCAGUACGCCACGGACGCCGUUGUGCAUCCGCAAUCUGCUCGCCCGGCGAGGCGCUUGUCCGAGCCGGAAUGCGUCGUCGCGCAGCACCAGCUUGCUAGUAUAUCUUCAACGACAGUACAGGUGUCCCAGGCAAAGUCUUCACCUCUAUCAUCAGAGCAUGCUUCGGUAGGGCGUCAGCAGCUUCUUGGCAGCCGUCUUGCUGCCGCUUCCGCCGGUCCCGGCCCCUCGGGCGGUAGUGACCCCUGCUGCUACGCUUCCCCACAAGCGGAUCACACGGCGCCGCCGCCGGACCAGCUAUCGAGCCCGAGCAGCUCGGCUGUCCGUGGUUGUACUGGCGGCGACCUGAAGUGCUUCUUGAAAGAAUCCAAGUCACCACGCAACUCCACGGGGAGCUCUUUUCACCUCAACCCACUGCAGGGAAUUGUAGGCGGCCGUUUCCCAUCUCCUACUGUGCCGGGUGUGCGUCGUGCGGCAACCGCGACAGCGGUGCUUGCUACGGCGACGCCUUCACGGUCCAUAGACAGUGAGUCCCAGCUCCUUGAAGCUGAUCAGCGACAGCCAUACACGCGCCUGCCUCGGUGUCCACUUCGUGGACACUCGCUAUCUUUGCUCACGACUUCUCAGGCGGAGGCGCCAGAUGCACCGCUGCCGAAGGACACGUCGUUUGAGAAGUACGAGUCCGUCAACAUUUGCCAGGAAAGCGAGACUUCCUGCCAGUCAGUAGGGAGCAUGCGGCCGUUACGCAGCGGCGUGCAGCAUCGGUCUGUGGACUCUAUGGAUGGCACGUCCGCUCGAGGCGGUAUUUCAGCUGCGUGUGUCAGAGAGCCAAGGCACCUCUACGAGCGGCAGACCCCGAUGCCGGGGCAGUACCGUUCACUGUCGGCUCAGUUUCCCACGCCGAUGGCGCAACCGCACCCGCGCGGCUACAGCCCGGCGAGAGACGGCAGCAGCACUUCGGUGUCGAUAGACACGAACCCGCCGCGUCGCCCGGCACAGGUCCACACAACAGCCGUCAGCGGGACUAUUCGUCUAGGGCCCUAUAGGAAGCCGCCUGGUGACGACACUAACAACCUCACCAUAGCUUCACGCACUUCGAUAUCCUCGCGCAUUGACCAUACCCCGCAUGUGAAUGUCUCUGGCGGGCGCAACGAUGACAGGAGCACGCGCAGCAUGCACAGUGCUUUGCAGUCGCUUGACUGCUCAACUCCAAACCAGCCCCAUUCCUCGGCGACGAUGCCCUCGAAUGUGGUGCCUGUGCGUGUCCUCGACAACCCGGUGAACCGGUCUGACGACUCAAGCAGCCUGGACCGCUCCUUGGUGAUUGUGCACCCAUACAACAAGCCGUGA